ACAAAAACAAGUUCUCAUUCAUUUCAUAUACUUUUUCUUUCAUUCUUUAUCUCGUAUAUCUUAUCUACCAUAUCUAUUUAUCUAAUCUAUUUAUUUAUCUAUCUAUCUAGUUAUCCCUCUACCUAUCUAUUUAUCUAUUUAUUUAUCUAUCCACAUCUAUCUAUCUCUCUAUCUAUCCCUCUAUCCCUCUAUCCAUUUAUCUAUCUAUCUAUCUAUCUGUCCAUCUAUCUAUCUAUCUAUCCAUUUAUCUACACCUAUCUGUCUACCUCUCUGUCCAUCUGUCUCUAUCUAUCUAUCUAAUCUAUCUACAUCUAUCUAUCUAUCUAUCUAUCUAUCUGUCCCUCUAUCUAUCUAUCCAUAUUAUUGGCAUUAUUGAUGUCUUUGUCACAUUCAUCUCUGAGUUUACUU